AUGUCCACUCGGAAAUUUGAUAGAGACGUGCAAGUUCCUCUUUCUUUCGGAACCAUUCAACAGCUCAGAUCGGCGACUUUUCAGUUCCAUGCGUUGGACGCUCUCACUGCAAAACCAGACCAGGCUUACCUGACGAGAGACAACAAACUUCUGUACCAAGACUGUCGCCCCACUGACAGUCUUCAGUACACUUUCAUGGCCAAAGGAAUGGUGUCCCGCUUAGGAGACGACCCCAAACCUUCCAUGGCCCUUUUGGAUCAACACGUCCGGUGUCUUGAUUCUGAAUUGGAUGCCCUCUUUUGA